AUGGACGGGGAUCCCAUGGGAUUUGGAUUCCCUUGGGACCAGAAUGUUGACGACUUAAGAGUUCCUUUUGGCGAUGAGAGGCUACUGCUGGGUGAGAUCCACCAUAUGCAUUGGGGACUCGACGGGCAGAACGAUGAUCUGGGCUUUCAGUGGAAUGAGCCUUCUCUUCCUGCUGCAAGACCUGCAAAGAAAAUGAGAAGCCACUGUCCCAGUGCGGCCGUGGAAACUGCAGGUUUGAUUAACGAGUCUCUUCCCAUAGGCCUUGAUGAUGUCCCAACACCGUCACGUCAUCCCACAAACCCCGCACUGACGGUCUUGGAUGACCCUAUUCCCACGCCGACUACUGACCCAGCAUUGCUGCCCCAGAUCUUGGAGAUAUUCCCUGACAUUAGCCACCAGUAUGUAGAGGAGCUAAUAGCUCAGCACAAGGAUACGAUGUCGGCCAACGGCGGUGAUACGCCUUUUGCCGCUUUCGGAUUGUUCCUGGUCAAAGAGACAAUUAUCGAAGAGAUUUUGGAGAAUCCAUCUUAUCCAAAGCAGGAGAAGCUCAAAAGGAAGACUGAAGAAGUAGAUGAGGAUGAUGACCAUUGGAUAAAACCUAGGGCACUUCAUGAUGCUCAUGAUUAUCGUAAACAAGCAUGCGACAUACUGGCACAGGAAUUUCUGUGGAUUUCUAUUCCACAUAUCCGACAACUUAUCUCCAGCAAGAAAGGGCUGUAUUCAGCCUACAUAACACUUCAUCACGAAUAUAUUUACCCAGGGACCCAAUCACCCCACCUCAGAUUGAAGCGGCCAAGGCCAUCCCUGAAGUCAAGUAUGACGUGGGACCAUGACUUGAUUUCGGAACUAAAUGCUGCGAAAAGGAGGGCUGCGAAGGAUGCUGGUAAGCGUUAUUUCCGUCACAUUACGACGUAA